UCUCUCUCUCUCUCACACACACACACACAAAUUCUCAUCUUGAUAACUCUCCUGUCGUCUCUCAUCUUUUUCUUGAAAAAAUUUAUUAAAAAACACAUGUAGUAGUUAAUACUCUUUACUCACUCAACAUCUACUUAUAUGUAAGUAAUCUUUGAUCCUGUCUCUAUCAACAAAAUACUACAUUUUUAAUUUCAUCACUGUCAACUGUUCACUCCUCACUUUCUUGAUUCUUUAGGUUUCUUGAAAUCUUUUUAUUCAAAUUUCACCCCCACCAUAGCUUUUGCAUGUCCUUUUGUCAUUUGGGUCAUACCCUUUUGACCCAUUUUUGUUUCAAUUCAAGUUUUCAACCCAUUUUCUCUUGUGGGUAUCACUUGUUUUGUCCAUCUGCUUAUGGGUUUUGAAAAAAGUUCAGUUCUUGAUAGUGAAACGUACGUUCAGUUACAUUUGGGUCUUUUUCAAGAAAUCUGGUUUUGUGAGUCUGUUUGGAGGGUAAUUUAGGGUUUUUCUUGUGGAGGAAAAAUGGGUAUUGAUUCUGAACAAAUGGGGACUAGGAAUGUAGAUAAAAUGCACAAGAAAGAUGAUGAGAUUGAGGUGAAAGGAUGUUGGGUUAAGUUUAGAUUCUUUGGAAAGUGUAUAUCCACAAGGUCUAAAGUGGAGACUUCUAUUUGUGACCAGCCCGUUGUUCCAACCGCUUCAUCUGCAACCACAAGCAACGGGGGAAGCACCCCAUCUACACCAAAUGUAAAAGAUGAGCUAAAAAUAGCUUCUCAGCUUCGAAAGUUCAACUUCAAUGAACUUAAAUUGGCAACAAGGAGUUUUAGACCCGAGAGUCUACUCGGUGAGGGUGGCUUUGGUCGUGUUUUCAAAGGAUGGAUCAAUGAGAACGGGACCGCACCCGUGAAACCGGGCACGGGUCUAUCGGUUGCGGUCAAGACUCUUAAUCAUGAUGGGGUUCAGGGUCACAAAGAAUGGCUUGCGGAAGUUAAUUUUCUUGGUGAUCUCUCGCAUCCUAAUUUGGUUAAAUUGAUUGGUUAUUGCAUUGAGGAUAACCAAAGGUUGCUUGUGUAUGAGUUUAUGCCUCGUGGAAGCCUUGAAAAUCAUCUUUUCAGACGGUCGUUGCCGCUACCGUGGGCCACUAGAAUGAAAAUUGCUCUAGGUGCCGCAAAGGGUCUUGCUUUUCUUCACGAGGAAGCUGAAAGACCCGUCAUUUAUCGAGAUUUUAAGACUUCAAAUAUUUUACUAGAUGCGGAUUACAACGCGAAGCUUUCAGAUUUUGGACUCGCUAAAGAUGGCCCGGAAGGCGAUAAUACUCAUGUAUCUACUCGGGUCAUGGGAACUUAUGGAUAUGCUGCACCAGAAUAUGUGAUGACAGGACACUUGACAUCGAAGAGUGACGUUUACAGUUUCGGAGUGGUUUUACUCGAGAUGAUAACGGGCCGGAGAUCAAUGGACAAAAACCGACCCAACGGGGAGCAUAAUCUAGUAGAAUGGGCAAGACCGUAUCUAGGUGAGCGACGGCGGUUGUACCAAAUAAUAGACCCGUUACUUGAAGGUCGAUUCUCAGUAAGAGGCGCACAAAAGGCUGCUCAAUUGGCUACCCUAUGCCUUAACCGUGACCCGAAAGCCAGACCUCUAAUGAGUGACGUUUACGAAGUGUUGAAACCGCUCGUGGACCUGAAUGACAUGGCUUGUUCCUCGCCUUAUUUUCAGGCGUUACACUUGCAGCAGGCUGAACGAGCUAGCCCGAACCAUGGCAGUAGAAAUGGUACGGGGUUGAAAGGCCCGCCGAUGAGGAGCUUGUCGGUUUCAAGGUGUCCGAAUGGGUCUCCUUAUCAUAAUGAUCAACCGUUUCGGUCUCCACGACCGGUCAGAUAACUAGAGUUGAGAAGGGGGUGUGAGUUUAUGGUUGGUAAUAUUUCAGCUUCUAGAUGAUCCAUGAAUGACUUGUGAAAUUUCAUCAUUUUGUUCUUAAUGAUGGUCGUUUCAUAUUUCUAACAGAAUUUUAAAUCAAAUUUCAUCAGUUUGUUA